CCCUGCUUCCUCUAACUCCCUCCUCGUGUCGACGUGCUCUAUCUAUUGUUCUUCCCCAUCACAUCCUCUCAGAAGACUUGUAAUCCUUCUCCGAGUCCAUUGCUCAACUCUUCCGCAAGGAAUUGUUGUUGAGGUCGACGUUAACCGAAGAGCUUCAUAUUUGUUCUUCCACCUGCUUUGAAGCCAAGGCUACAGGGUGUGAUCACUUGCGAUGGAGAACAGAGAUCACCACCGGGUCCAGGUUUCGGCAAAGCGUGUGGCUCCCGAGGAGCUUCCACCUUUUUCGGACCAGGUUGCAUCCACAGCAGCGACUGGAUUUGGUGCUGUGGAGUGUGGCGAUGGCAUGGCUUCUCAACCUCAGGCGGCUUCCGUCCUCGUCCCUCGAGGAGUUGUAACAUUCGGCGAAGAGUCCGAAUCUGGUAACGUUCAUGGCUCCGCAAUUUCUCUUGGCAAGUCUGCAGUGCUUGCAACACCGGAAGAUCAAUUAAGACAUCGGUCGUACUCUCUUUUAUUUAGCCUGCCGGUCUCUCCUUCGGGGCUUCACAUCGAACAGGUCAGAAAGGUCAUGCUCGGUGACAAAGGUGAACAGGGCGAUGAUGUGAAGCUGAGCCAACCUGACUCUGCUUCCAUCAACUCGCAACAAACAAAGCAGUCCAAGUUCCAAUCUCAGAGUCUACAAAUUGUAGUUUCAGACGUAAAGACGAGCACAGAUUCACUUGAGAGUAAUCAGAGGGCGAUCAGGAGCGACAACCAGAGGGAUAAAACCUAUGAUUCCUUCAAGACAUGGUCUGGAAGGCUCGAAAGGCAAUUGUCGAACCUGCGAGGAAGGCCACAAGAACCAGAUCUGGAGGCAAAUGAUUCACGUACUAAUGAAGCAGCCAUUCCUGCGAUCGACCGCUACUUUGAUGCCUUGGAAGGACCCGAACUAGACACUCUAAGGGCAUCAGAGGUUUCGGUUCUUCCCGAAGACAAGAUGUGGCCUUUCCUUCUUCGUUUCCCCAUAUCUUCUUUCGGUAUGUGCCUUGGCAUCAGUAGCCAAGCCAUCUUAUGGAAGACGUUGGCCACAUCUCCGUCCAUGAGCUUCCUGCAUGUAAGCCCGACUGUGAACCUCGUUCUCUGGAGCAUCUCGCUUGCAUUGAUGGGAACUGUAUCCUUCAUUUACUCGUGCAAACUCAUCUUCUACUUUGAAGCGGUGCGACGCGAGUACUACCACCCCGUCCGCGUCAACUUCUUCUUCGCUCCAUGGAUCGCCUGCCUCUUCUUAGCACUCGGUGUGCCGCCAUCGGUUGCGGUAUACCUACGCGCAGGCCUCUGGUAUGUGCUCAUGGCCCCCAUCUUGUUCCUCGAGCUCAAGAUCUAUGGCCAGUGGAUGUCCGGAGGACAGCGCAGGCUCUCGAAGGUGGCAAAUCCUUCCAACCACCUAUCCAUCGUCGGCAACUUCGUCGGCGCGCUGUUGGGCGCAUCGAUGGGGCUCAAAGAGGGUCCAAUCUUCUUCUUUGCGGUCGGCUUAGCGCACUACAUCGUGCUCUUCGUCACUCUCUAUCAGAGACUGCCCACCAACGAAACGCUUCCUAAGGAGCUUCAUCCCGUGUUCUUCUUGUUUGUGGCUGCUCCGAGUGUGGCUUGCAUGGCAUGGGCGAGAAUUCGCGGCGACUUCGAACACGGGUCAAAGAUCGGAUACUUCAUUGCUCUGUUCCUCUAUGUUUCUCUCGCUGUGCGGAUUAAUUUCUUCCGAGGCUUCAGGUUCUCGCUUGCUUGGUGGGCGUACACUUUCCCGAUGACCGGUGCUUCUAUUGCCACCAUCAAGUACUCCAUGAAAGUCACCAAUGUGCUAACACAGUCGCUCUCAGUUGGACUCUCCGCCAUCUCCACCUUCACUGUGACAGCUCUACUCGUCACGACCAUCAUUCAUGCCUUCGUCCUCCGUGACCUCUUCCCUAAUGACAUCUCCAUUGCCAUCACACAGAAGAAACCAAAAUUCAACAAGAUUCUUGCACAUCUGAGAUCACUUAGCUCGGAGAUAAAGGACGCGGAAGCUUCUUUGUCCAAAGGUGCUUGCUGAAAUUUGAGUCUAGUGGAUUAUGUGCACAAUCCUAAAGGUCUACCUUUCAGCUAAUGGGUAGUCUUCAAAGUGGUGUGAAAAGUACGAGGAACCACGAGUCAAACAAUUGAGUGUACUAUGUAUAACACAGGUGAAAGAAAGAGAGAGAGAGAGAGAGAGAGA